ACGGGACCUGAACUCGAUUAAGCCCAGGGAAAAUGCCCUCCGUGGCGAAAAAGGGAAAGAGAACAUCGGCUAGAUGGAGAUGCAUCCUCCGCAUGUGGAGCUCCGAGCGACUUACUUUAUACAGGAAAUCCGCCAAGUGGAGAAAUAUUGUAUAGCGAUGCUCACACCGUAUAUAAGAUGGAGGGAGAGUCAGCUCCAGCCCUGAUAUUCCCAUUACUCCUAAUACCACGUAUAGAUAAAAUGCCAGUACUCGAGAGCACCUACCCAACUCCUCCACGAGAGAACUAUCGUCCGCAAGUCCGUCGAACAGCGGGAUUCACUGAAGAUGUCAGCAAAUCUCUGGAUUCCGGCAUUGACUUGAGUUCUCGGAAUAAAGACGUGUUCGGCCUAUGGCCAUCAAGAGCGUUGAGGACUUCUGCGAGCGAGAUUGACAAGUUGAAAACAAUGGAUCUCGACUAUUUCAAGACUUUUCUUCUGCCGGCAUCAGGACCAGCAGGCGUCACCACUUUGGGGUUCGAGUCCCGUAUGCGCGAGCUCCACAACGAGAACAAACUGCACGGCAAAAAGUGGCUAGUGGGUGCCUCCAUGGGCGCCAUCCGCAAUUUAGCGCUCAUAAGCAGCUUCAUCUCCGGCAAGAAUGUCACCAAUGACCUGCUCGCUCAACUAUGCUACAUGCACUAUGUUCACGGAGACACGCCCGCUACGCUUGCUCCGAUGAUGGCGCACAUGUAUCGCUUGGUAGCGCCAGAGAGUAUGGUAGACGAAAUCCUCUCACACCCGCAAUACCAUGCGGCCGUGAUUGUAAGUGCGGUUCGGCCGCCGUUUCAAAAGUUUCCAGCGUGGUUGCUACCAAUCGUUUUCGCCAUCGUCGCUUUGAUCGAAAUCAUCUAUCCGAUACUUCAAGCAGUUUGGAAUGUUGCUUGGACGGCGGUCAAUGGAGCGCUGGGCAGAAAGGUGGAGCGCAAGCGACCAUCGCACGACGUUGUCAUGAGAUAUAUCUGUCAACGGCUGAUCUUCUAUACGGGAGACGAAGCGCCGCGGUUCUUGGCCGACGGCGUUGGAGGGAAAGAGAAUACUCGCUUUGUGAAACUCACACGGCAAAACAUAUAUGAGGUCCUGCACGCUACAAGCUCCGUUCCAUUUGUUCAGGAACGAUGCGAGUAUAUCCACGGUGUCGGCUGCGGUCUCUACAUGGACGGAGGGGUGACGGACUUCAUGCUCAACACCACUUUGGCAGAUGACACUGCCCCGGGACUAUUCGUAUCCGACAAAUCCCACAAAACCAUUUACCCAGCGGCCAUUGAUGCUCUGACGCGGUGGCGGCCUGGCCCUGAACACCACCUCGACAACUGCUCCGUGGUACAUCUCCAACCAUCGUUUGUCAGCGAAAUGAUUGAGCUGAAGCGACUCAAUUUGAAGGCUCUCCGUACGGAACGAGGGUUGCUAGAUUCGCCAUUGCAACUGCUGAUCCCAAAAAUCUCCGGCGUCGCUCCUAGUUUACCUACGUUAAACGACUGGUUCACCAACGCGUACAUCGAGAAUCCUGAGUUCCGGCACCAGAAAUGGCGCGCUGCGAGCACAUUGAGUGAACGGAUGUGGCCAAGACAGCUGGCUGAUAUUUUAUUUGGGCCCGAGAAACACUCGGGGAAAACGCACUGGGGAACCAAGAAUCUUACGAACCCCACAUCUGUGCUUAAUGUGCUUCGAACCAUAAAGCAGUGGGUGUGGGGCGAGGAGAUUAGGUUCGUGCUUUCGCUGGCAAGGGCGAUAGUGUUCCAGAAAGGCCGUUCCCAGCCACAGAAAACAAAAGUGUAUGCAGAGUAGAUAGACGUGCGCUUCUAUUCUUGGCUGUCAAUGAGAUCUCUAUUACCGUUUGCACGGCCUGAUAUUGCCGGCGUGAUGACCGUAACCUUGCGCAUAUAAGAUAACACGAAGAGCGAGAAAGAAGUCACAU